CAGGGGGCAGUGAGUUACCUUUCAAGCUCACCUUUCUAAAGAUACCCAUUGUAAAUUAAUGAUAAUCCAUAGAGCAACUACCCUGGAACAAUGGCAAGUCAAGUGCCAUGUUUGGUGUUCUUGUGCUUGAUCGCCCUCGUACUUCUGGGAUUUGGAGCCUACUACACCUACAUGUAUAGAAAGGAGAACUAUCUGACAAGCUGCUUCCACGUGGGCGGUAAAUGUUUGGAGGUGGAAAACUGUGAACAUGACCAUCAUUAUCGGCGGAAUAUUACCACAUGUAUCCACAAGCGGAAGGUGUGCUGCAUGCAGGAUCCACAGCCCACAGAUAAUACUGAGGAUUAUCGUGAAUUGAUAUCACCGUUGGACAUUUAAUUGAUAUCUUUUGGUAUAAUCCAAAGAAAAUCAAUGUACUGGUGGGGAAUUUCUUAAAAAUGUACUAUCUGUUUUAAAUUCAAGUUUUUCAGUGAAUUAAAAGGCUACAUUUCUGCUUA